AAUAGAAACAAGAUCCCAAAAAGGGUUGACUUUGGAUAUCACUGACUGGCUCCAAGUCAUAAACCUCUGGUAGGAAGAGGCCAAAACUCUCAGCUCCUCACAUUCUUGAUUCUUCAUUCUUCAGCCAUACAAAAUCAGUGCCAAUAAUCCAGGGAAAGAAGAAGGAAGGAAAAAAUGAAUCAGAACUUGAGCUCUUUGUUGAUUGGAUUAGUUGGGGCAGCAAUCACCUUAUCUGCAUAUUCACAGACUUUCAUCUCCCCAACACAGUGUGUCACUGUUGGCCUCCUUGUUCUCAUGUUUGGCUUGCUUGUAAGGGAAGGUCUCAUUUCUCUCUAAGUCUGCAGCAUCCGUCUCUAUAUCUUCUCGUGCAAAACUUGGAAUGGAUUUGAGGGUCGUUGACUUGUUUAAUGUUAUGUUUUGUUUUGAGAGAUUGAGAUUUACAUAUCUGAUCUCGUUUUUCUGAUAUCUUGUAUUGUAUGAACUGCUCUCUUUAAGUUCACUUUAAGAUCCUUGAAUAAUUCAUAGCUGCUUUUCAUCUUGCAAAUGUGAAACAUCGUCAGAUUCAUCAUUCU